AUGGCAGCCGACGUUUUGAUAACGUUCCUACCAGGCGAAGUGAUCGAGUACAUACUUGAGGACGCGAAUAUCUGUAUACCGGACGUUGUACGAUUUGCCUUGACUUGCAAACAAUUACACAGGGUAGUCACAACCAGCAAUAAACUCUGGAGGACCAAAUUUUUCCAAAGAUGGCCAUACCUGAGAGAGAUUUAUGAGAUAAAUGAGAAAGCAGGCAUCAAGAUUCAAAAUUGGUUCGAAGAAGUUCAAGCUAGUUCAGAAGCAAGGAAGAAAUUGUUAUACCACUUGUCACAAAUGUCAGCUAAGAAUUACAAAAAACAGGAGUUAUCUCAUUCCGAAUUAAAGGAUUUUGAUCCUCUCUUCCGUCCUGAGGAAGGUGCACAUCCUUUGGCUUACCAUUUCCUGGUAGAUGAACUUAUCACCUUAAUUAAACGUCCAGCUAUAACAAGUAACCUGACGCAUAAGUAUUAUGCAUACAAAGUAGUGAGGUAUUUAAGACAACAUUAUUUGACUCAAGAGUGGAAAAAAUUCAUCGCUUUACCUCCAAAUGAACAAAUCCUUGAACGCGGAGCAGCACUAGUAGCUCAAUGGAGUCAAACGGAACGUCGUGUACCUUAUUCGUAUAUAGCAGCAUUACUGGAUGACAUAGCGGAACAAACAAAAGAUUUACUAAGAGAACAGCAUCCAACACAUCCCAUAUUUUCAGUGUCGGACAGUAAAUUCGAGCUAUGGAAACGUUCCAAUAUUGAUGACAAUCAAUGGAGCAAUUCCGAGACCAGGAGGGUGAUGUCUGCUCUCUGCGAAGUUAUGUUCAAUAGAUUGGGUUUUCAUGGCAAUAGUGAAAUGUAUUAUUCCUCUGAAAACUCAUAUAUAGAUCGGGUACUGGAGCUUAGACGUGGAAUUCCCAUAACUCUCGCCAUAGUAUUUGAAAGUGUAGCACGAAGAUUAGGAGUACGCUGUGAGCCAGUUAGCUUUCCAGCCCAUUUUCUGCUACGAUGGAAAGAGAGAUAUAAUGUUCCCGACUCCGAAGACGUAGAAAGCUUCUAUAUAGACGUCUUCAACGGCGGACAGUUCCUGACCAAGAACAACUGUCCCCGAGUUGGGGGCGUUGCAAAAUGUCCAAUAGAGCGAUACAAUGUACACAGUGCUGCGACAACUGUCGAGGUAGUAGAACGAAUGGCGGACAAUUUGGAAGUAGCUGGCAGACAAAGAACUCAGCUAAACGGCCGAGCAGCGCGAUUACGAUCGGCUUUGGAGUUGCUACACAUGGUGAGACCUCACGAUACCAGUACGAUUUUACACAUGGCUCGUUUCUACAUCUUGCAUCAGAUGGAUUUGGCAGAGUUAGUCACAAUACUCAAUGACAUCCAAAAGGAUCUAGAAGUCACCUCCAGGGGUCAAGCGAAUCACAUCCUGCAGAUGUUGCAAGACUAUGAGAAACACAUGCAGGACGUCCCAGAGGAAAAUUUUGAGCCCAAGAGAAGAACUGGAGAUGUGAAAUACGCGAUAGGACUGAUAAUGCGGCACCGUACCUAUGGUUAUUUGUGUGUGAUAACUGGGUGGGAUCCUUACUGCACAGCAUCCUCGGAAUGGAUGACUGAAAUGGGAGUAGAAGAAUUAGCUGGUGGUCCAAAUCAACCUUUCUACAAUGUCUUCGCAGAUGAUGGCUCAUCACGAUACGCAGCUCAAGGAAAUUUAUUAAUGGCGCCAUCCCCAGAGUGGGUUAACCACUACGAGAUAGGACGAUUCUUUUGCAAAUUCAAUGGCACGCACUACGUGCCCAAUGAGGAAAAGGCUAGGGAGUAUCCAGAGGAUGCCGAGGUGCGAAAUCAUCUUCUUGCUACAUACUUGUAACUUUUCGACAGGCGCGACAAUUGAUAUAAUGCAAUUUAUCUGCUCAGCUUAGAGUCGUCGUUCGGAACUGAAUGCGCGAGAAAUUCGGAGUUUGAUUUUUUUUAGUUUUCUUCUUCCUCAGUAAUUAAAGCUGAUACGCAGACAAGGCAUUGCAUAACUAAUAUUCGUCCCUGCUAGAUUAUACUUCCGUGUAAAUAGUUUCAAACUAUUAUGUACGAUAGCUUUAUACAUAUAGGCGCUAUCUACAAUAUGCUUAAUUCAUUUUGUCUGUAUAUAAAUUGCAAACUGAAAGGGUAUAUUUCUGUUUGUUCGUUGAACUGUUGACUAAAAAUACAUGUUGGAUAUUUUCCGAUAUAUCAUUGGCAUAUUACGGAUCUGUAUUAUUCUCUUUCUUAGAAUACUAAAUAAGAUAUAAGGUAAUUACACGAUUUUCGUAUUAAUCGCCGUUGGAUACUUGUUAUAUACAUUUUUACAUGAGUCCAUCCGUGAUAUUUAUUAGAUAAUCAAUGCGUAUGAAAUAAAUAGACAGAAUUUACAAUUUCAUCACAGUCACAAUUUCCAAUACCUAUAGAUUUCUAAUGACGUACUGGUUAAAUGCAUCGUUCAUUAAAGUAAAAUAGGAAAUACAAUUGCACGACGGUACUGAUAUAUUAAUUAAUUAAAAAUAAUUAACCGUAGCAUGCUAGUCAAUAAGAUUCAUAUUUUUCUGUUUUGUAUGAAAUUCGAUCCCAAAACCGCAUAAUUUAUCGGGCACAAAAAUGUACAUUUCUCUUUCCCAUAGUACUAGGUCGAAGCAUUCGCUUAUUCUUAAUUUAGUUAUACUGAAAGUGUUCGCUGUAUCUCUAAAACAUAACAGUGUUAGAGCUCAACAAGAAAACAUUCACGAAGUAAAUUAAUACUGCGCUGUAUUUUAUAUCAUCAACAAGAUAUUACUAUCUAAUUGUUAACUACUGAACGUUUGUUUGAUAAAAUCCAGGCAUAAUCCUCCAAUACACUAUUAUGUUGAUAAACAAUUUACAUUUGACCACUGUGCAUGUAUUAGAAUGAGUAAUAAAGAUAGAAAAAAGGGAAUUAAAAAAAUUGGCAAGUAUACAAAAGAAAAACCAGUUUCAAACAAUGAUAGAAUAAGAUGGGCAUUGGAAUCCGGGCAGAGUUCGAUAAAUGCCAAAAUAAGUCAUCAUAAGGCAAUUGGCUUCAUAGAAACAACAUAUAGAAAUAAAUUUAAUACUAAUCCCUAAGAACAGAUCUGUUUGUUUCGACGAAGCGAUAUGAAUCUUAGAAUAAUGCGAUUAAUUAAUUAUAAGUAAUCGCUUGGUAGUCACUUAUUAAUGUAUAUUCAAUGUAUCGUAAUGAUACUUGGCAGAUCUUUGUAUGAAACAAACAGGAUUUUCCAGUAAGCCGAUAUCGUUCUUGGAAAUAUGAUACUGAUAACAUAACCAUUGUAGGCUAUGAUUAUAGAACGUGAAAACAGGGGAAAAUAUUAAAAAAGAAACACGGAAACUUAGCAGUAGAAUGAAUAGAUAUUCCAGGAACACAACCUUAUGAACCCGCACUAGACACUCCUAUAUCGCAUUCCUAACUCUUCUUUGUCCAUGCUGUUCUUAUUUACGUUAGGAAUAAUUUAACUUACUAUUAAGUGAACAUCACAAGGGGUUUUUGUCGCUACUUACUUACUCCCAAUUACACAACGCUCGUAGAAAUGCAUACUACUGAGACGGUGAAGAGUUUUUAUCCUCUGAUGUCCUGAUAAAAAAAUUCAUCACGUCAGAAAGGAUUCGUUUGUGACGCGACUAAUAGCGAAUAUAAAUAAAAGUGGAGUAAAACUUA